AUAAUGAGGACAAAAGAGGUCAAGAACUGGAUCGGAGCGUCGUCUUCUUCCACCGACGUAGAGAGCCCGUACGACAGCUCAGACGAGAUGAAGCCCGACUCGCACAUGUCGGCGCGCAAAGGCGGCCUCGAAGAGGAGGAUACACUCUCAGUAGAGACUGUCACAGCGCAAUGGGACGACUUCAUGGCGCUCGUCAGCCGGAGAGUGGGGUCAGGGAGCACAAAGAUCCGAAUCGCCUUCAUGAGGGACAGGCUGAUGCCAUUGAGCGGCGGAGCAAAAUUGAGUACAACGCAACAGAUCGACCUCGUCUCCACGCUCGUCGAAACGUACCCCAGAUAUCAAGAUAGACCUUCGUUGCUGCAAGCGCAACGUGUUGCGAGCGGUUUACUGCAAGCAAACGCCGAGGUGCUGCAGAACACCCUUUCAUGGGCCGUGAAGGAAGAGGAGCGGCUGUGCAAGCCCGCCAGCCAUGGCGCUCCCGUCACGGCGACAUCGAUGAGAGCAAAUCUGCUGGGCUGGAUGUGCCUCCUCUUUGCAUUGCUGUGCCUGGAGCACGACCCGUCGACGUCACAACAAUGGCCCUCUGUGGUCCGGUCUUUUGCAUCACUCUACGAGAGCGUCGCCUUCGAGGCUUCCGAUAAACCAACCGUGGCCAAGAGCGCAACAACCGCAACAAGGAGGGCAGUGCGCGGGUGUCACGCAGCCAUUCCCCUUCUAUUCAAGACGCUCUGCUCUAUUCCCUCGCCAAAGAUGGCGCCGAUGCUUGGCCUCGUCGUUGAUGUAUGCUUCCACCUGCGCGUUGGCAAGGAGACGGAAAAAGGCUCACCAGACGGCGUCGGCCGUGCUUACGUUCGCGAGGCGAAGCCCGUCGUUCUCCAGUUCUACCUCACACAUAUUGUUUCGUCAAAGACACCUCUUGCGCUUCAUAUUCCCACGGCACUCGAUCGAUUCAUUGCAAACGAAUUAACCGACGAAAACAUCUCCAAGACGAUUCGUCCGACGAUGGAGAAGAUGCUCCUCCGUUCGCCCGAAGUCGCACUGCCCAUCGUCCGAUCAUGCUUCGAGGCCUUCAGUGGCGACACUGCAGUCCAUCUCCAGGCUCUCCGGCCUUCGAUUUUGUCGGCCUCGCGAUCAAGUUCUGCAAGCACACGACAAGGCUCUGUUGACCUCUUUCGUGUGCUCGCCUCCAAAUGUCGGGAUGAGGCAACGACGAAAGCCACCGUCGACGAGCUGCUCGCAACGCUCAAGGGUGGCAAGACUUCGAGCCCGGAGCAACGCGCAUCCCUAUUCGCGAUGCUGGCAGAAGUGCGGCCAUCUGUGUCGCUGAGUCCUGCCAUCGCCGAGGGAUUGUCCGCCUUGCUGGGGAAAGAAAGUCACGAAGGGUCAAUGCAGGCUGCCGCGAGAGCCUUGAAAGAGCAGCUCGGCUGGUGUCUCGAGACGGACGUGGAGACUACGGCUUCCAUCGCAGCGGCGAUCAACAAGGAGGUGCAAAAUGCCAAGCCUCCGCUUCGCAAGGCAGUCUGUCUCGCCUUGGGCGCCAUGUUCUGGAGCUUGCCAGCAAGCCUCAACGCGACAGCGCAGGCGAAAAAGCUGGGCGAGAGUCUGUUGCCAGGCUUCGAGGCCAACCUCAAGAACGCAUCUACAAAUACCCUUACUUCGCCUGCCGGGCCGCUGGAGGGUUACAUUGCCGUCGCUAUCCUCGAGGGCAGACUGGCAACCUGGGGUCUUCCCAAGAUCGACAGCUUCCUCAAGACAAAUGAAGUGUCCAAGGGCCUGACGGCUCUAUCGCCCAAGCCUUCUUUCCUCCUGAAUGAAAAGGUCAUUCGAAAGGUGGCAACAGCCGAGGAAGAGAAGUGGCUGCUUCAUGCGCUCACCGCUCUGGUCCUCAGGAGGCCAGAUGCCUUUGCACGAGACCCGGCAACCGUGCCAUUUGCGCUGAUUUUGGUGGCAUUUUCGGGCAAGGAUGCCUCUUCGAAAAAGGAGGCCAUCUUGUCGAUCGAGCAGCUGGUGAACGCGCACCCCAGUCUCACAGCUCGUCUGGUUCACCGAGGCAUCAUGGGCUGGCUCGACUCGAGGGAGCUGACUGCGCAAGUUCAACCGAGUGCCAGUGGCGAUGACGACUCGACACCCAAGGCGAAGUCCGUGGGCAGAGAGCUGAGGGCCGCUCUGCUGGCUUGCACCACCAUCGAGGAAAGCGUGGACGAGCAAAUACGUCUGGACAUCUUGACCGAUUUUUUCGUUUUGGCGCAUCACGGGGAGAUGAAUGGCCAUGUUUUCGUCGAGCUCUGCCGCCAGUCGCACGUCGACCCAAAGGCUCUCGCAGAGGCCAGGAUGACUCAGCUUGUUCAGGCGGCCCGAGAAGCGCUGCGAGUCAAGCAGCUACGGACCGCUGCUCUGUCAGCGCUCUCUACGCUCGUUUUAGUUGCUCCAGCUGCUGCGGUUGAACUUCUCUCUUCCGAAGUCCUCGCGAAUCUCGACAUCGAAGCGGUCAGAUUGUUGACUCAAGACGACCUCGCUAUGUGGCGGACGAGCCCCGAUUCUCUCUACGUCGAUGUGUUGGCUAAAGCGGACAAGAAGACGGCCGUGGACAAGAACCGAAAGGACGCCAGCUUGGAACAGUGGGAAGCGGAACUGCGCGAAUCGAUUGCGAAGAAAAAGGCCGCCGCCACCAAGUCACUCACCAAGGAGCAGCAGGCAGCCGUCGAUGCGCAAAAGAGGACCGAAGCUGCAGUGCGAGCGAGGGUCACGAAAUUGCAGACUCAACUCGUCGACGGCCUUCAAGUUCUGUGCAGCAUCGCCAGUUCCGGGACAGAGGCCAUUGAUGUUAAAAUGACUCCUCUGCUCCAGCAGCUCCUCGCCCUCGUCGCCAUCCCACAGGCCGGUAUUCUGGCUGGAGAAGAGCUGCAAGAGGCUCUGAGCGCCCUCGCGAAUUGCUGCACUCCCCGCCUGGGAGAAUUCCGAGUAUUGAUCAAGAUUGCGCUUCUCCGAAGUAUCAACGACGACCUCGUCGGCGAAGGCUUCCGGAGCGAGUCUCUCUGUGACCUCGUCCUUCGCAUCUUGUAUCGCCUGCGCUUCCUCUGCGAUCAGGCUCCUCUCGAUCUUGCAUCCCUGUCCUUUGUCGAGGCUCUCAUUACCCGAACCAUCAAGGCUGGAGGGCUGGGAGACGACCCUGACGACUCAGCUGUCGAGCAAGUCCAACUGGCACUUGACUUUAUCUCCUUCCACACGUCCGCCUGCCAAGAUGAGCGGUUCCCGAGGAUCGUCUUCAUCGACGAUCUCACGCACGUUGUGGCAACGCAGACCUCUCUCUCCAAGGACGCUGUGGCUGCACUUCGUUCGCUAGGAGAGGCUAUCAGGGCAACAUCAAGGCCAGAGGACAUUCAAAGGCUCCUUACACACGCCCUUGCCGACGAGGUCUACGUUCGCUCGGGAUCUCUUCAGGCUUUGCAGCCAUUGGAUCUCACCGAGAUGGACUUUUGCCUGCAGCUUUGGCUCGCCUGCCAUGACGAAGACGAGGAGAACAGCAGGCUCGCUCUCAAGGCAUGGGAGGAGAACGGCCUCGAUGUCCCAACCAACUACGCAUCACUUCUUGUGGGCAUGCUUGAGCAUGACCAUCAGUUUGUCAGAGAAAGCACAGGCAAGGCACUGGCUGCCGCGGGAGAGAUGCAUCCCGAGACAGUGCCACAGCUCCUUGUUGACCUUCGAGAGCUGUACGAGCUGCGGAACGUCGAGCUGAAGCCGGAGCACGAUCGCUUCGGCAUGGUCAUUGAAGAAACCGUCGAUCGACCAGACCCGUGGUGGGUGCGUGGCGCGGUAGCCCAGGCUUUCCAGCACCUCUCUCCACUCUUUCUUGCCUCCGACCUGGUUCCCUUCUUCCAGUUCCUCAUCGAGAGGCAAGCCCUGGGCGACCGCAGUGAAUCUGUGCGCAAGAUGAUGCUCGAUGCAGGCACAAACGUGGUCGAUCGACACGGACAAGACCAGCUCUCGGAACUCAUUUCCAUGUUCGAGUCGUACCUCGCUCAUCCGGCCUCGCAGACCAACGACGAUGUGACGGAAGCUGUGAUCAUCCUGCUGGGUCGACUGGCUCGCCACCUGGACGCCUCGGACAAGCGCGUCGCUCACGUCGUCGACAGGCUCGUUGAGGCCCUCAAGACGCCCAGCGAGCUGGUCCAAGUGGCUGUGACUGACUGUCUGCCUCCAUUGGCUGGUGCCAUUGGCAGCGAGGUGCCUCGGCUUGUCGAACAGCUCUUCAAGGAUCUCUUCUACGCGCCAAAGUACGCCGAGCGCAGAGGAGCCGCCUAUGGCCUUGCUGGUCUCAUCAAGGGCCGGGGUAUCAGCAGCAUUGCCGAAUUCAGAGUCAUGCAGCGCCUUGAGGACGCCAUCGGUGACAAGAAGAAUGUCAACGCGAGGCAGGGCGCGCUCAUGGCAUACGAGACCCUCAUUGCCACGGUCCAGCGCCUCUUUGAGCCGUACUUGGUCGCCAUCCUCCCUCACCUCCUCGCCUGCUUUGGUGAUGGUGCCACCGAAAUCCGUGAGGCCACGUCAGACACAGCCAGGGUCAUGAUGUCCAACGUCUCGGGCUACGGCACAAAGGUCAUGAUGCCCUCGCUCCUCGCCGGACUCGAAGAGAAGCAGUGGCGGACGAAGAAGGGUGCAAUUGAACUACUCGGCUCAAUGGCGUACUGUGCCCCACGCCAGCUCUCUGAAUUCCUUCCCACCAUCAUUCCCAAGCUCAGCGAGCCCAUCAAAGACUCUCACACCCAGGUCCGACAGGCGGCCGAGCGCGCUCUCAAGGGAUUUGGAGAUGUCAUUUCCAACCCAGAGGUCAAGCAGCUUGUGCCAUCCAUCAUGAAAGCCCUCAUCGACCCCAACGCCAAAACACCCGUGGCGCAACGAGCGAUUCUCGCACAGAAGUGGGUCCACGUCCUCGAUGGACCGUCUCUCGCCCUCAUCAUUCCCGUCAUCGAUCGAGGUCUUCGAGGGCGGGGUGCGCAGGUGCAAAAGGACGCAGCGAGGAUCGUGGGCAACCUGUCGAGCAUCACCGACUCCAAGGACUUUGUCCCGUACCUCGACAGCCUCGUUCCUCUUGUGCGGAACGUCUUGGUGUCGCCUGUGCCCGAUGCCCGAGCGACGGCGGCAAAGGCGCUGGGCACUCUCGUGGAGCGUCUGGGAGAGAUCCACUUUGUCGACUUGGUACCCUCGCUACUCCAGAUUCUCAAGUCAGAUGCAAGCGGCGUCGACCGACAGGGUUCGGCGCAAGGUCUGGCCGAGGUCUUGGCAGGAUUGGGCAUCGAACGCAUGGAGGCCCUGCUACCCGACAUCAUCAACAAUGCCUCGAGCUCGAGAGCGACGGUGCGCGAGUCUCAUAUCCUCCUUCUCAUCUACCUGCCCGCCACCUUCGGUCACCGCUUCGAGCCCCACCUUGGCCGCAUUGUCUCGCCCAUUUUGGGCGGUAUUGCAGACGAGACGGACAGCGUCCGCGAGGCGUCGAUGCGUGCGGGUCGCAUGAUCAUUGCAAACUACUCGAACAAGGCUGUAGAUCUGCUGCUGCCCGAGCUGGAGCGUGGCCUCUUCGACGAAAGCUGGCGUAUCCGAAUGUCGUCGAUCCAGCUCAUUGCUGACCUGCUCUUCCGCAUCACGGGCAUCAGCGGCAAGAACGAGGUCGAGGCCGAGGAAGAAGGCGAGGAAGGACCACAGGAAAACGUCGUGGCAGGUCAUUCGAUUCAGAAGACGCUGGCAGAGGCCCUGGGCGUGGAGAGGCGGGACCACAUCUUCGCCUCGCUCUACAUUCUCCGUCAAGAUGCCGUCGUCAAUGUCCGACAGGCGGGUGUCAAUGUCUGGAAGGCGCUGGUCAACAACACGCCGAAGAUGGCCAGGGAUAUUCUCUCGAUUCUCAUCGACAUGAUCAUCCGGCUGCUGGCGCAGGGUAUCGAAUCGAGAGAGACGGCUGCCCGUGCCUUGGGCGAGCUCGUGUCAAAGUUGGGCGAGCGGAUCUUGAGCGAGAGCAUUCCUCUGCUCAGGCUCCGCGGCAUCGAGGCGCAGGACGACGACGAGAUGCGCGUGGGCGUGUGCUUGGCUGUGACGGAGAUUCUCCAGAGCAGCACCGACCACCAGCUCGAAGACCACGAGGAGGCGCUCGUGGCGAUUGUCAAGCAAGGGCUCGUCGACGAGGCUCAAGAGGUCCGGGAGGCUGCGGCAGAGGCAUUUGAUGCAUUGCGGGCCCAUAUGGGUGCAGCAGCCAUUGAUGCUAUUGAAGAGGAAAGAGCAGACCAGUCUACGAGGGCGCUUCAGGCGCUUCAGGAGAUCAUGCGUGGAAGUGCAGACUCUGUCUUCCCUGUUCUUGUUCCCAGCCUCAUUGAACAGCCCAUCAGCGCUUUCAACGCUACAGCCCUGGCUACUUUGGGAACGCUUGCUGGCCAGGCUCUUUACAAGAGAAUCGGUACAAUUCUUGCUGCCCUGGCCGACUCGAUCGAGGUGGAAGAGGACGAAGAGGAGCGAGAGGUGCUUGUGUCUGCGUUGGAGGCUAUUCUCACAUCCAUCUACGAGUACGAUGGUGUCUACCAGCUCAUGACCGUCCUCCUCUCCUGGACCGGCAGCUCAGAUGAUGCGAAACUUCGAGCUCGUGGAUGCCACUACUUUGCCACGUACUGUCGGGUCAAGGCGGAGGAUGCCGAUCUGGGAACGUAUGGUCUCGACUGGAUCCGCAGGCUCGUCUCCCUCUUCGAUGACCCCAACGAAGUCGUCGUCGAUGAGGCCGUUCCUGCCUUCGAUGCACUCGUCAAGACGGUGCCCAAGGAGGACCUCGAGACAAUCGCCGUCCCUCUACGGCAUACGCUCGAGACAACGGGACAGGUCGGUAAAGUCUUACCAGGCUUCCAGCGACCAAGGGGUGCCGCUCCACUUGGCGCCGUCUUCCUGGCCGGUCUUAUGAAUGGCACUCCGGACGAGAGGGAGCAGGGCGCUUUGGGUCUGGCCGACAUUGUGGAGCGAUCUUCUUCCGAGUCGAUCAAGCCUCUGAUUGUUUCCAUGAUCGGUCCUCUGAUCCGCGCCUGUGGCGACAGACACCUUCCGCAUGUCAAGGCUGCCAUCCUGUAUGCGCUUUCUGCGAUGCUCCGCUACCCGCAACAUUGUAAGCCCUUCUUCCCUCAACUCCAGCGCUCCUUCCAGAAGGCCGUCAGCGAUCCGUACAGCGUAAAGGUCCGCACCACCGCCGGGCAAGGUCUGGGCAGGCUCAUGGCCCACCAGCAACGCGUCGAUGGCGUCAUUGGCGACCUCGCAACGGCGGCGUCGCCAGGCAAUAUUCCGAGCGCACAAGCGACAUCGGACAUGCUUGACCAGGCCACGUCUGCUGCGAGGGCGUUGGCCAGGGUCCUCGAGGCAGCCCCUGCCAGCAACAUCUCAGCAGCGGCCUGGCAGAACGUCGUCGCCUACUUCGAUGGCGCCUUCAACACUACUGGUCUGCAGGAUCAGUACAAGCAAGCCGUAGCCGAUGCGGUGGGCUCCAUGGCCGUCUCUGCGCCCAUUUCGGAUCUCGAAGGCCUCCUCUCAAGACACAUUGUCCUCAACGGUGGGAGCACCCAGCCGAACGAUCCGGCCCUUGCUUCUUUGAGCGUGGCAGAGUGCAUGGACAAGGCGGCGGAGAAUUUGCAUGCGGCAGCGCCCGAUGGUAAGCCACAGAGGCUGGCGAGGCUCGUCGGAGGGUGGGUUCAUGAUGGACCCAGCAUCGCCAGGCCCGCCAGGGAGGCGAAAGAGCUCAUGAAGAGCAGGCUGCCCUGGGCUAGGGACGACGCGGUGCGAGAAGUUCUAGACUAG